UCGUCUUCUCUAUUCAUUAAUAAUCUCUGCCUAAUCAGUUCCUAAUACAAUCCAAUUGGAAUUGUACAAUCCGUGCAACCAUGUAGACAGUGCUGCCUGUUUAUUCCAUUUUCGCCUUUCCAUUUUGACAGCUUUCCUAAGUACAAUGGCAUGCAAUGGUAUAAGCGCUCCGCUCCUAUCUUUCUCACUUGGUGUCAAUCUCUCGUAUUAUAUCGUUUGCUGUCGCAUCGGUAUCCAUAUCGGUCUGUGUACAAAAUAAUAUGACGGGAAAAAUAUUUUGUUCUAGUUGAAAUACAACCACUGAAGGAAUAAUUAAAAUUUCAAAUUACAUAUAAUAAAUUAAGUAUGUGUACGUAAAGAUCUUAAUCUCAAAACUUUGACGUCGUACAAAAAGCUAGGGUUCACAAGCACUCUAUAGUAUAUUAUCGUCUAUAUGUAUAUCACAUUUUUACGUACAUAUGUGUUGGUGGAUAUUAAAGUGUUAUAUAUGUAGAUUGUGAGAGUGUCAAAGAGAAAAAAGUGCGGUGUCAAAAAUAAUAAAUUUGUAGUGGGAAAUUGCAUAGAAAUGUGUAUUCAAAGUAUGUAAAUAAUUCAAGAAAUACAGUAAUUGGAAAAAUGUAAAAACAGCACAAACUGUGCAACCGAGGGCAGCUACAAUACAGCGGCCCAUGUACAUAUAAAAGAAAAGAAGUAAACCGUGAAACUCGUAUAAAUAUAUGAAUAACGAAAAAUUACGUAGACAGGAGGAGAGAAGAUUCAUGCAUACCUGUAUUUGUAUGUACAUAUGUACAUAUGUAUGUAAGAGUGAGCCAGUCAGGCAAGUAGGCAGACCGAUGGAGAUACCGAUGCGCUAAGUACACCCGUGGGUACUGAGUGCUUGGAGUUUGUGACAAGAAGCGGUCGGUUUGGAAACUGCUCAAUCUGUAAAGUAUCCGUAAUGGUAACGGUGACCGUGCGUUCCCCAUAUCGUUCGUCACAUAUGUACGUCAGAUUUUUCCCUUCCAAACUGCGCCAACACCGCAUUCAUUCUCAACCAUAUUCUCCAUCUCCUCAUUAUCUGCCGUUCUUGCCACCUCCGCUCCAAACUACUCAAGCCUGUGUCGUAAAUGUCGACAGCAAUAACACAGUGACGAUAAUCGCCCAAAGUCAUCGCCGAAGUCGUCGCUCUCAUUUUUCUUAUGUUGUUGUUGCUACCUCAUAUUAAAGUGAUUACAAUUGUUAUUUUUUGCUGUUUUCCUUGGUUGUCGUCGUCUUCAUCAUCUAUGUAUAUGUACAUAAUAUGUAUACUCCUUAUGUACAAUUAGAUAUAUUCACAACAUCAUCGUCGCCUCCGCCCGUUCGCAUAGCCUUACACCUAUGUAUAUGUACAUAAUAUGUAUUGGCCGUCUCGUCGGUGUCUGUUUACCGAAUGGAGCACCAUACUAGUACGCCAGCAGAGCGGUCUGUUGGAGUCUCCUCAGUUGGUUUUUGACGACUGAAUUGUAAGCGUGUACCACUCUCGUUGGCAGCGACGUGACCUCCUCUAUCUGCAUGGGCACAAAUACAAAACGCAAAAAUAAAAAAACAUAUAUACAUAUAAAUCCGUAUAUAAAUGAUACAGCUUAUAGGUAUAAACACAUGUACAUAUGUACAUACAUAUAUACUCUGUGUAGUAUCGUUAAACAAAGCAAAAUGUUAUUAUUGUGCCAAUUGUUUUCAUAACAUGCAACUUGUGGAAAGCUAAUUCGCUUUCAAUUUCCCAGAACCAAACCGGUGACCUGCCGAAAUAGAGUGAAAAGUGCACAUACUUACCUUUACUCCAGCCAAAGGUGUUAAAGAGCAAAAUUUAUUUUAAAAAAAUACGUUUGUAUACAUAUAUAAGACGUACUUAUAUAUUCGCAGCCGUAAAACAUAGAUUCUGGAAAAACCAUUUGAAAUGUACGAAAUAUAUUGCUAUAUGUAUCUCCGUGUCAAUGUGUGUAAAAAGCUCAGACUUAAGCUUCAAAAGUGAAAUGGUGCUAUGAAUUGGUUCCUAGGCCAUUGAAGUUGUAUAAAGAUUUUGUGAAUGAACUUCUAAAACGUACAUACAUAGGUUUAACUGGAUACAUAAUUGCUGCAGUACUUUGUUGCAGUCACCGCCAUCGUCAUCACUGCUGCUCUCGCCAACGUAUCACUGUUUCGUUAAUUUCAAUGCAAUGUUGUUGCCUUCAUUAUGAUUGGACCACACGUUCAAUUCCUUAAUUGUACUAUUGUGGGGUUAUCACAUUCAUAUGUAUGAACUAAAUAAUUCAGGUCAGUGCUUUUGUUUACUGAACUUAAUCAGGAUGGUUUACCCAUUCAAAUAUUUGGACUUGUGAAUUUAGGACUAAGCAGAGAGAGAAAGGCCGUAGUAACGUCAAAGUCUCGAGGUAGCAACACGAUAAAUAAAAAUCACGAAUUUACCAAUUUUGUUUUAUUAUUCUUGUGUCUAGCCCCCAUCGAUCGAGGAAAUACAUGCAGUUUUAACAUCAAUUCAAUUCAUUUAUAGCACGGUGAAUCGGUCAAUUUUGAGCUUUCACGACACCCACCCACUUAGCUUGAAGCUUUUACAAUCAAUUUAGUAAACUACUUACAAAUACUCAAAGCAGGUAAUGGCAAGAAGUGCUGGUGAAAUAUGUAUACUUUUAUACACAAGUAUACACUUACAUAUACAUUUUUAUACAUAAGUACAAGUAUAUGUGUGUUAAAUUAAAAAAAUUUAAAUUUAAAUUUACAUAAAUACAUAAGAACAUACAUACAUAUAUAUGUAUGUACAUACAAAUGUAAAAUGUAAAAGCACGUGACCACAACUGUGUACCAAAAGAAUUACAAGGUAGGCUUUAAAGCGCAAAUACUUUAAUAAAACACCCAAACACCCUCUACGGAAGAAGUUUAAAACGAUUGGGCGGUGAGUCACUCUUCAACGUUCUUACGAAGCAUUCCCAGGCGCAUCCACUCUCGCGUGGGUGUGUUUGCCCGCCAUACACCGUAAGUGUCAACCUUCAGUUAAUUUUAGUUCCGCUCAGAAAUUUCGAAUACAUACACAUAAUUUGAGAUGAAAGCAAAAUUUAUCAAAAGUGGCGUAUAAAAUUUUUUCCUUUGAAAUUGGAAAUUAUCAAUCCAUGGUUUUGGGUUUUAAGGUGGUCCAUAAUCCAUUAAAAACCUCAAUUUUAAACCUUUGCGCAAAUUUCUGCAUGUAGAGCACAUGUAGCGACCCUGAAAAAAAAAUAUGGAAGAUUUGUUGGCGGUUUCUUAAUGUACGUUGCGCUUGAGUUUGUUGUUCUUGGCAGUGCCAUCGCCAUCGGCAUUGCCAUCCACUAACCAGUGCAUAGAGCAAAAGCAACCAUAUAAAGAGACAUCCUCGUUAUUUGCAACAUCAGUAAAUAGCCGACACAACUAUUCAAUCCCGUGAUCUUUUGUUCGGCUUUUUCUGCCUCGCUUUCCUGGUAUACACUACAUACGGACUAAUUGUUGAUUCUGAAUAACAACAAGACACCUCACCGCCCACGCCGGCAUCAUACGAGCAGCAACAAGCAACAUCAAAUCGGAAACAACAACAGUGAACGUAUCAUAAGUGGUUUGUUGAUAAAUCGGUUGUUCGUCGUUCAGUCGUUCAGUAGUUCAGUAGUUCGGUAGUUCGUUCGGUCGUCGGUCACAAAUACGCCUUCUCCAAAAAACAUAGUAACUCAUUUACAGUUAACGACGAUCUGCAAAUUUCGUAAAAUGAAGUGAACGUUGCGCGUUUCUCACAAAUUAGUGAUAACCAGAAUGCCACCGCUUUGCUCCUCACUGCAGGUUUAUCCGUCAAAAAGCUGAGAUUGUUCGUUGGCGGCGGGAGUAUUCGAAGAAACGACGAACGCCAGAUGAUUUAUUUAUUGCUCGUUGGCGAUAGACAGUUGGCGCACCAUCGUAUAAUACUGAAUCGUAGAACUACAAACGCAGUCACUUUAUUUGAUCAGACAUUGGAAGAAACAAAAAAUGCGAUGUAAAUAUUCAUAUAGAGUACAUACCCUAUGUCGAGUCCAAGCUCAAAGUCAACUUAUCACUUACCCGACAAUUGUGGCAAUUUAGGAAAAUUAAUAUUAUUAAUGAAUUAACGCAUAAAACAACUACACACACAUAUAUUUUUAUAUUCAGUAGCCGUAAUAAUAACAAUACAUAUAAACUCAAAAACAAAAACAAAAGCAUUGACUUCGCCUUCUGUAGAAAAGUUACUUUACAACACUAUUUAACAAAAAUUAGCAUUUCCUUUCCAUUCCUUCAUGGUUGGAACGACUACCCCCGAGUGAAUUAAAGUCAUAUACAUAUUUGUAAACCCUGAGCUCGACUUUACAACGACUCUCAGUACUCUUACUUAUGCGAGACAGUCAGAGAACAUCGGUACGACCACAGCAUUACUAAUGAGCAGUGUGGAGCAAGGUAAACAAGCUGCAGCAGGAACUUAAAAAUGUACGCACACAAAUGGUAUUGAAGCAGGUCUAGCCAGCUUCCUGGCCCCGACAAGCCUUCAUAUUUGUUCACAGAGUUGUAAAGUGGUUCGGUAGGAGAAGCAACGGCAGCAGUUGUUAGGCGAUAAGCCCAGCCAUUGAAAUAUAUCACUGCAAUUGUUUGUGGGAGCGUGGGGUAUAGGCGGCGACGGUGUUAAUAGUACAAAUAGUAAACGCACACACAGCGAUGGCAGCCUCAAUAUCGGAUAACUACAAAGUUCCAUCGACAAGUAAAAUUUCUGUAGAUAAAUUGCUGCGUGUUGGCUAUUAUGAGCUGGAGAAGACGAUUGGCAAAGGAAAUUUUGCUGUUGUGAAGUUGGCGUCCAAUAUUGUCACUAAAUCAAAGGUGGCGAUUAAAAUCAUUGAUAAGACUUGCUUAAAUCGGGAGUACCUAACCAAAACAUUCCGCGAAAUUUCCAUUUUAAAAUCAUUACGUCAUCCACAUAUUACUCGCCUCUAUGAGGUGAUGCAGUCAGAAACGAUGAUCUAUCUUGUCACCGAAUAUGCUUCAAACGGUGAGAUAUUCGAUCAUCUAGCAGAGAAUGGACCCAUGAAGGAGCUCGAAGCAGCGCGUGUAUUCACACAAUUAGUCUCGGCUGUGCAAUACUGUCAUUCAAUGGGUGUAGUGCAUCGAGAUCUCAAGGCGGAGAAUGUGCUACUCGAUAACGAUAUGAAUAUAAAGCUUGCCGAUUUUGGCUUCAGUAAUCGGUACGAAGAGGGAAGUCCAUUAACCACAUGGUGCGGUUCACCACCAUAUGCCGCACCUGAAGUUUUUCAAGGUUUGGAAUACGAUGGACCUAAAGCAGAUAUCUGGAGUCUGGGUGUCGUGCUAUAUGCUUUAGUAUGUGGUGCAUUACCUUUCAAUGGUGACACACUACUAGAGUUGAAAGGACGCGUAGUUACCGGAAAGUUUCGCAUUCCAUACUUCAUGUCACGAGAUUGCGAGCACCUAUUACGUAAUAUGUUGGUAGUAGAGCCGGAUCGCCGAUAUACAUUGAAACAAAUUAUUAAACAUCGCUGGCUAAGCGAUUGGGCGGCGGAAUUGAACGACAUCAGUGACAGCAUUGGCGGAUGUAGCAGCGGCGCCAACGCCACGGCAUAUACACACCAAACGGAAAGUAAUUCACUUGUUCGAAGUGACAGCAACAGUAGUUUUAAUCCGCACGGACCAGUGGCUGUUGCCAAUCUGGAUACAGAGAUAAUGAGAAAUAUGCUACAGUUGCCCGGACUGACUGCCGAUAUGAUUGCUGAAUCGGUACAUAACCAACGAUUCGACAAUAUCUAUGCCAUCUACAAUUUGCUUGCCGAUAAACUGCAACAAAAGCGUCGUGAGCAUCAUAGGAUGCAGCAUCAAGCCGCUUAUUCAAGAUUACGCAAAACCAGCAUUACUACUGGUGUUGUCGACCGUUCUGAACCCAUCAAGCAGGAAUCGAUUGAUCGCUUGAGUCCGCUGACCAACACAAAUGCGCUACAAGGCGGCUUAGGCUUCCAAUGGACUGAUGUUUCGGUGGAUUUGGAGAAGUUUGGCGAGUUCGAAUUGGAAUGUGUGGCGCGACCAAACGAGCCACAAAAUCAAAAUCAUUUGUGUGCCAAUGCUGGGGGAAACGGCGGUAAUACAAGGCGACACACUGUAGGGCCUGGUGAUGUGGCACACGAGCAAGCACUUGCCAAUCCAAAUGUGCCGCCAAUCAAUUUCAAAUGUCCUCCUGAAAAUAAGAAUGAUACAGGCCCAUACUUGCCAAUGAACUUGCCAAUGUUACAGAAUCAACCGUUGCACAAUUUAACUAUUAAGGACCAACAUCUUUUGAAACCUCCAAUAGUGAUGGGUGCAAGUUCAUUUGGACGUCGGGCAUCAGAUGGUGGUGCAAAUCUGCAUAUUUAUUAUCCCUCGACGGGGAGUAAUACACACCAAGCAACUGGGCAAACGCAACAAAUGGAAAGAAACACAUACUAUAUUAACCCGAACGUAUCUAAUACUAGCGGAUUGAGUGGGACCUCCGCCGAUAGACAUACGGUACACGGUAUGCGUGAACAAACCCAACUAUCUCAAUUGGGGACGGGCGAUACUGUUAGCGAAGAAAACAGCGAGGAGAUACAAAAAUAUAUUCAAAUUCGUGGAAAACGACACACAGUCAGUUGCACCGAGGACCUAUCAAUACAGCACAAUCCGGGCGAGACUUGUCCAGUAUGUGGUGUAUAUGAACCACCUCUGGAGCAACAAAUGCCGACAAUCAUGUCACCACAGUCGGGAACAGGCGGAACAAGUGGUGGUGGUGGAAUGCGUACACGACGUACCGGUCUACUCACAGUGACAGAACGACCGCCAGUUAUCAGUCCCGAGCUCAUACGUGAAGUGGAAUCGCGUAUGAAUCGAAAUUACCUGCCACCUGCUUUGAAAAUGCAGCAACAUCAAUCGCAUACACAUCCACAUGGCGCACCGAAUCCCUCACUCAGUCAAUCCCCUCCCACGACCAGCCUAAUGACUUACCAUUCGUCGUCAAGUUCCAAUAUUUUGCCAGCACAGGCAUUGAGCAAUGCAGCUUUGGCGGGGCAACAAGGUCCUCCAAGCGCCACUGGAAAUAAUAGACGAGUCCAUUUCAAGUCCACAAAUAAACUACCAACAGUCCAAGAAGUUGGCCGAUAUAGCCCGGUACGACGUGCUUCAGAAGGCUCUAAAGCGCAGUUCCAAGGGCCGCUGCAAGAAUGUCAGUAUUUACAAAAAGUAUCGGCACAACGUAACUUUCUAAUCGCUCCAACACCCCCACUUUCUGAGAACUCGAUAAGUUUGCCUGGUUCGCCUAUACACGGUAAACCCGCACCACAUAUGGCGUUCCGACGAGGUCAGGAUCUCGAAGUACCACCAGAAGCAGUGCGUGCUCUUAUGCCACAUCUGGAUCGCCUCGUUAAGGAGCACCGUCUUAAUACAGAAGUGGCAAAUAAAAUAAUUUCUACUGGAAUUGUGCCUUUGGACUUGGCCUCUCAUUUGGGAUUGACGGCACAUUCUGGAAAUGUCGCAGUGAGUGGUGGACACCUAGAUAUGACGUCGCCUGGCAUGCAGCAUCAUGCUGCAACGUAUAGUUUAAGUGUUUCGCCACUAUCUUUGCCAAAUAGCGCCAAUGCAAGUGUUAUAAGCGCUGUGAGUGGACCGCUAACGCUUCAACAACCAUCUUGUAGCACAUACAAUAUGGGCACAUACUCGAAGCAAAUGUUAGGCAAAGGCCCGUAUCAACAGCAGCAGCAUUUUGGACUGGUGCAUCCACAAAUGCACCAUCCUAGUAAUGGUAUUGUGGGACAAUUCAGUCAUAUAACUCUUAGUCAGAGUGUGGUUGCAUCCGCUAGUGGUGGACACUUCAGUGGUUCAAAUAGCAGCAGCGGUUGUCAGUCACCAAUCUAUAGCAGCUUUAGUGGCUCGUCUUCGCCAAAUCCUUAUAUUCCAGGUACUGGAUCAUUUAAUUCUAACUCCAUUAGUGGCAAUGGUGGUGGCGGAUCUUCGCCCCUGCAUCAAAUAACCAAAGGUAUUUCCGUGUUAUCUACGGGUGGAGGCGGUUCCAUUACGCGUGGCACUUCAGCUGCUAGUGAAAUUGCAUCCUCCGCAACGUCUAUAGCUUCAGCUGCUGCUGCUGCUGUCAAUCAGCCCUUAGACCUUUCCAUGGAUGUAUGUACAUCUGACCACACCACUACUGAGAUACCUAUCAAUACGUUUGCUCAACAACAUGUGAAUUGGAUGAUACCGCAAUUAUCUACCUUUGAUCUCAAACCACUAAAUUUGUCCCCAGCGCAAACUGUACGAGUGGUAACCACGCCUCCCGCCUCACCGAAUCUCUGUAUAAUACAAGAAGAGAAUGCAAAUGGACAGAUGUAUCAUACAAUUUCAACUGGAACACCACAUGUUGGCUGCACCGGUGGUCUUAUCAAUGAAGACAUAUCAUCUCCUUUUCAACCUUCUCAUCCACAAAUAUGUCUUACGGACGUGCAAGGUAGUGAAAUCACACUAGUAGCAUUGAGUUCGGAAAAUAGUCGAGACAGUGAUUGCGAUUCACUGGAACCACCCGCUCCUCUGAUGUCUUUGCAAGGCCUCAUUAUAACAGAAUCCUCCAGUGAUAUGCCUUCGAUCACACGCGGUACCGGACGUAAAACUAGUUUGGAGUGUGCAGGUGACAACCCGUCAACCCGUUUGGAAAGCGAUGCCAGUGCAACGAACAAUGUCAGCGAGUCGAACCGCCGCGGGAGUGAUAAAUCCCUUGGCUUCUCCGAUGAUUCAUUAAGUAACGAUUCUAACAAUCUCUCACCAUGUCAAGAACCAUCUGCCAGCUCGGGUUUUAAAUCGGAAUCACAUUCUGAAAUUGGCGAUCAUACGGAGGGACAUUUGUCGCCCGAUUCCAUUUGUGACUCUCGCCGUAUGUCCGAGGAGAUGUGUUACGAAGUUCCGUUACCGCAUGAAUGCUCUAACCUCGAUCCGACACGCAUACUGGAAUUAGUCAAACAAACCAUCGACCAAACAAUGCCACCGAAAGGAGCAAUCCUUCACAAAGGGCUGUCUGAAGAGUAUAGUAGUGCAGCUGGUGCAUCGAGUAUGUAUGCUGACGCACGUAUAAGUAAUGCAUCGAAUACUACCAGUGAAUCAUCGGCAACCUCAAUGGAGACUGCUACUGGCAUCUCCGGCUGCUGUGGAAGCUUUGUCGGCAUUGGCAACAGCACAAUUACAAAUCUCAGCUUAGAAUACUCGGGCGGUUUGCAAAUAGAAUUACAAGUGUGCGAAGGUCGUAGCCGUGAUAACCAAACAGCUGGCAAAGGUAUAAAACUGCGACGCAUCUCAGGGGACCAAUUUGAAUAUGGAAAAUUAUGUCAGCAACUGAUUAAUAAGCUCACCAUGCAGCAGGUCGCUGGUUAAACAGGUUUAAGACGAUAACAACGUGAUCAUGAUCCUCAAGUUCCUUAUACUUUCACACAUGCAUAUAACGCAUUGCGAAAGGAAUGCACGAAGUGUUAGUAACGUAGCAUUUAACACAUAAAAGACAAAGCCAUACACAAGGAACAAACAUUCAUUUACUAAUAUCGUGAUAGAAGUAUCUAUAAUUGACAAAAUACGACAAAGCUUUGCCCAUUAAAUAUCGCGCAUAAAUAGACUCCUAAUUAACCCAACUUUCGUGUAUGUAGAGUUUUUGCAAUUAAAUAUUAUAACAUUUUUAAUAUUAUGCAUACAUAUACUUGUAAUUAAAUUUUUAUCUACACUCAAUCCGAAUGUAUGUACAUAAAUAUUACGUGUAUAUAUUUAAGAAUCGCCAGGAUUGAUCAGGUUUUUAUUGACGUUUGUAAAUAAUGCGUUCAUUUUGGCUUUUAAAGAACACAAACGUUAAUGUGUAAGUUGUGUAUGUAUGUGUGCAUAUUCGAAUAUGCAUAAUACAUAAUAUAUGUAAAUAUUUAUGUAGAAAGACAUGUGUGAAAGUUCGAAAUUAUUGCAAAAUUAUAAUGCUCUAGUUAUUCUAUAUAAUUAAUAUAAAAAAUCAUGUAUAGAAAAGUUAAGUAAAACUUCUCGUAAAUAGAACUACAGUUUUAAGAACGUGUACACACAACUAUGUAGCAAGUAAGUAAAUACGACUAGAAUAAAUCAUAAAGCAUAUUAUGUAUGUAUUAGUGUAUAUGCAUACAUACUUGUUAAUGUAUAUAAUUACUAAGGUGAUAUCAACUAAUAUUUUCGUCUUGUGCAAUGUCAAGUAGACUUGUUAAACAAAUUUUAAAUUUUUUAAAAAUAUUUUUGUCAUUGCGAAGAGUGUAAAAUAGUUUUACUGUUACUGUUUUAGUUAUGCACUUCAAAUUCGUAUUAAAUAUUAAUAAAAAAUACUUAUAGGUGAGAUAUAUAUUAACAAUUAAAAGUAUAGUUAGUUUCCAAACAAAUUUAUUGUUUAUCGAUAAUAUUAUAAUAAUAAUAAUAAAAUAAAAUUCAUUCAUAGAUACAUAUGUCCCAUAUAUUUGAAUAUGUAUAUACAUAUUUAAACAUGUAUGUUGUUCGGUUAAAAAAUUAAAAAAGCUAACUGUUAUAAAAUAUAUAAGUAUGUGCAUAUGCAUUAAAUAAAGAAACACUACCAAUAGACAAACAUUUAAGAAAAAUGUAUGUACUAUUCAAAAUUUUGAAUUACACAGAGAACUUCUAAAACCACUAAGCAAAAUGUACAACAGGUUAUGUUGCCCAUUUCGCAGUAAAUUGUUAUUUUCACAUUAUUUAAAAUAUUUUACAAAGUAAGUUUUAUUACAUCAUCCAAAUUAAUUUUGAAUUCAACGCUUAACUUUAAAAUACACAUAUGUAUGUACGUACCUAUCAUAUUUCAAUCUCUUUUGUCUGUCCAAAUGAUAUUCUUAGUAGGAGUAGUGUUUUUUUUACAAAUGAAUGUAAUCAGAUGUUGUUCUUCCUAGUUUAAGGAGAGCAUCAAGAAGCUCACUACCUACUAAUCAAAUUCGAAGUAUACACAUUGACAUAACACUAAUUGCCUUAAGUAAACAAUAAGAUUUUGUUCUAUAAGUUUUGUAUGUUGGCACACCAGCCGGAAACAGCAAAUGCGUAUUAGUGUCCGUCGUUACCGAGUGAGUUUCAAAAACAUAGAAAAUAUUCAUUCUUUUACAGAGAAUAUGUAAUUAUAUUAUUCAUAUGGGCGCUAAGUAUAAUAAUUGUAUGUAACUUUAUUUUAUCAAAUAAUAUAUCAAAAGUUGUACAACUUCACUUGGAUAUAGCGCUCUUAAAGAGAGCCAAAAAUGUAUGCAAAAAAAAAAAAAAAAAAAAAACAAGUAAAACUAUAUUCUUCAAAUGCAAUAUCAGUAAGAAUAAAAAUUGCAUUCCAUGUACUAGUAAAAUAUUUGCAUAAAUUAUUAAAUCAUCGUUUGGGGAUUGAACUAUAAACUUCAACUGAUUUCAUUUUAGAAAUAACUCGCGGUUUAUAGAUUUUACGUUCGACUGGGCUUUAGUCAAUAUCUAGAAAUUCCAGGUCGACGGAACUUUAAACAUUUGCUAAAAGAACUGAUUGGCAAGUAAAUCACUGUAAAUUGUAGGACAAAUAGCAGAGCAGACAUAUGUACAUAUAUACAUACGUAGAAUAUGUGAGAAUAAUGUUAAAGUAAUUAUCAACUUUUAUUCAAGUGCAGUAUUUAGAGUUUUAACGAUACUUCCAAUAUGCCUCAAAUUCCAAAUCCUUAAGAACAGUUAAUCCAUAAAGUAGUGUUACGUUUCUUUAUUUAAAAACAAAUACUUAUGUGUUAAUUAUUUUCAUUUUCGCGCUCUUUUCAACUUUAUAUUUAUUAUUAUUUUGUUUUAUUUAAGCUUAUGCAACAAAUAUACGCUAAUAGAUACCAUUAACUAAACACUUCUUAAGAAAUAGUAAAAAUGAUGUGUACCAUCAAAUUGAUUUUA